AUGCCCGACAUUAAGGCAUGGCUCAGCGGCGCCGCGCAGUACCUACCCCCAGGGGGAGUGGUCAAGCCGGUGUCCCUGAGCAACAUGGAAGCGAUGAACGCGCUUCAGAUGAUGGACCCACAAAUGGACUGGGGCAUGAGCUUCGCGCCGCGCGGCCGCUUCGACCCCGGUGCACCGCUCACGCCGGCGCAGGUGUGCUGGGUGAUGGACGAGAUGGGCGCGCGCGAGCUGGCGUGGUUGCAGGGUGGAACGCUUGCCCAGACCGUCUUCACGGGGCUGCAUUACCACAACGCACUCGAGAUUUCCCCAAAGGCGAGGGAAAACGACAAGACUUUCCUCGCAGCUUAUGCGGCGUGCGCCGCGCUCAGAGCUUUUGUGCUCGCCUACGCCAAAGGCGUCGAGAUCGCUUGGGGCGCGAUGUGCGAUGCAGCAGGCAGCGCGCGCGAUGGUGAAGAUUUCUGGGCUGACCCGUAUGGCGUACCUCUCGAGACUGCCGAAAGUAUCACCGACGUCGUUUCGUACGUCAACGGCGUGGUACGCUGGCUCAGCCAGCAGGAGGCGUGGGUACCCGUUGCUGCCCGCCUGUGGUUCCGCUUGACUUGGAUCGCAGCCCUCCAACUUCAGCCAAGCGAAGACGUCCAGAUUCCAAAGGUCAGCACCGAGCCAGUCGACUGGGCGUUCGACGACGUCGCCGCUCUCCUCCGCCAGAACAUGCCCCUUCCCAACCUCUCCUUCCCCUCCCACGACGAGAUGUGGGCAGCCUUCCAUGACGCCGUCGCUCAGCUCGCUGCAGCGCGAGCUCUCGCAGACACUCCCGUCGCGGACAUUGAGAGGCACCUCGCGUCUAUGCCCGAAACUCUUCCAAUCGUGCGGGCACAGUACCGUGCCCUCUUGGGCACGCUUGACCGCGACGCGCUUGUCGACGAGUGGCUCUCCGACGCUACGUCCCAGCCACGGGGCGUGCUCGACCGCCUCGGCCACGAGGUCCAAACACCGAAUGACCGGCGUUCCUUUGCUUUAUGGCGCGACAUUGUCGCUGGAAACUUCUUCCUCGGCCUCACCGUCCGUCUGCAGAACCCACCGCGCCGGCGGCGCGGCCUCCAGCAUCUCAGCAGGGCGUGGUGUGACCAAGCGUCGUCGGCGUCUCGCCUAGCCACGAGAUGUCCGGCUUUCAAGCCAAUUGUCGCGGCCUUGCGCGCACGCGCGCUCGACGCAGACCUGUCCGCUGCUUUGGCUGCUCUCUCCCUCCGGCUACUCUCACGACACGAGCGGCGCGCGCAUUGGUGGUGGAUCGCUCGAGUCGCUGGCGCGCGGCUUGCUCUGAGCGAGGUCCGCGGCGAGUGGGCCAAGGCGUGGGCGGCCGUCGCGAACGGGAUGCUGAUUCUCUACACACUCGUGCCGACUGGCGACCCAUCCUACCCGGAGUUUGUGCUGCGCAACAAGAUAGCGCUCGGUACCGGCUCUCACCCCGCCCCACCACUGUUUAAUGCUUGGGAAGCAUCCAAGGAUGCCCUCGACGACACGUACAAGAGCGAUGCCAAGAAGGGGCGAACCACAGCCCUGGCGUGGCUCCGUACUGCGCAUAGGCUCAUGGACACACUGGACGUGAGGCCGCUCCAGUGCGACCUGGCUGGCACGAUUGCAACGCUUGAGAGUGGGCGCGAGCUGCAUUGGGAAAAGGACGGAGCGGCAGAGGUGGCUGAGCGCAUCCCUCGUCUCCAGUAA